AUGGUUGAUAAUGCCAGUGGCAAAGACGAGUUGCUGGAGCCUGUUGUGGGUCAGGGCGUAAUACGAAGCAUGUCAGAUGUGCUCCUCGGGAUCAACACACCAAUAGAGGAACUUGGGGACCCUCUGCUUGAGGGUCUUGAUGACGAGACAGCUUUGCUAAGCCCAACCCCUACGCAAAGUGAUACCCCGUCAAGCAAGGCCUCUUGGCCCAGGAGUUCGCUCAUUGCCAAUGACUUGCUCCAGAACCUCGCGGUCACGGCACUCAUUCUACGUCAUUCUAACACACCAACAUGGAAGAGCCUCAGACUGACUUGUCGAUCCUGGUACAACGCUGUCAGUUCCAUCAUACCGCCUGCACGUCCAGCUUCUAGCAGACUGCCUACCGAGAUACUGUUAGGCAUCUACAACUACCUCAAUGCAAAAGACUGCAAUGCAGCUCGACGAACAUGUCGAAGCUGGAUGAUGGCAAGCCUGAACAAAAGCCUCCUCAUCGCAAUGUUGAGUCGAGGAGGGUGGCAUAGCGAUGGUCAGAUGAGAGAGGAAGAAAUUACACAGAAGUGCUUGGCUACAGCCAGCAGCGAGGAAUGGGUUUUAAGUCGACUUCUCUCGCGGCAGUGUGCUCUAGCCUCUCGAUGGACCGGCAACGGUCUGGAUGCUCGGCCAGCGAUUGUCGAAAGUACUGAGAUCGAUUUCUCAGAGCUAGCCCAUGGCUAUGCUCCUCAGAAAGGGCAAGCCAGCGGUGGCAUGAUAUUCACAUCGAGCAUCUGCGGCAAGUACUUGCUGGUUGCGAACGGCACCCUGGUUUACAUCUACGGUCUGAAAGACGGUCUGUUACAACCACUCACAAGUGUUGUGUGUCCAAGAAGGGUUCUUGCCAUGAGCAUGAACGCGUCUGUGGGUCGAGAUGCUGUUGCCGCUCUUUUAGAAGGGAGGAUGGGCAUGGUAUGCGAGCUUCGAUACGGUCAUCCAUCACCGGAGCCUGGUUCUGGAGAUAAGUGCGUCGAAGGCGAUGGGUAUCCGCCCCGAGCGAGUGCUCAGCCGAGAACACCUACUGGGGACACUAGCGACCUACAAGAUGCAAUAGACUCGGCAGAGCACACUUUGCCUAGAGUUCUUCAAAGCUUUCCGUAUGUUCAGAACCCGGAUCUGGACUCCUUCAAUGCGAUCGAGCUCAAAGCGCAAAACCAAGGGUUCAGUCUCCGAGGCACUGAUGACACCAGUACCCACGAUCGAAAUCUGAUCGCUCAAACGUGGAAUCUAAACCUUCGCGGCCCAUUGAAGAAUCUUCGGACCAACUCGAAAGCAACGCUACCAGUGCAGAACAUCCCCAUCGAAAGCGGUACUUCCACUUUCUACCGGCAUCUCUGCUCUGAAGACGACCCGCCACGCAAUGUUUCGAUAUGUCCACAGCGUCGAUGCUUUCCGCUCACAUCACCGAGUGAUCACCUGUACUUCCUAUCGCCUCGUCCUGGUUUCGAGUCAGCCAAGAAGUUGCGCCUCAUCUCGAGUGCUGCGCAUCCCAAUGAUCGACCAGCUAUCAGCCGAAAACUAUUCAACAAUCCAACCAUCAGCUCGUUCUGGGGCUCCUUUGGCUUCGAGUCGCGCUCUCGACAGUCCCAGAGUUGUGAUCACUACCACGCCAUACCACUGAGUGACGGCCAUCAUGUGCUCUUCAUCGAUCCAUCGACCGACCGAGUGACACUGGGGUGUGAUGCACCACUUGGCGGGCCUACGAGGCUACUACGCAAGGUUGUGUUCAACCCACCAGAAGAGAAGGUCGUUCCGCGAGCCUACACUGCAGCUGCGGACAUGUCGUCUGGAGCUCGAAUCGUAGUGGUCUAUGGAGAUACCGUAAUGCUGUACAGCAUACCACCAGACGUCCUGGCUCUAUCAAGACUUGAGCAAGCAGCGGAUGCUUGGGAUGUAUACAACGCACCGCCAUUCUCUUCAAUAGACCGACAUUACGACCACUGGCUCAACUGGUGGGACGAACCUACAGCUUUCGAUCCGGUAAACAGGUCUGAGGCCGAUAGUGACAGUCCCAUCUGGCCCAUCUCCCUCUCUGGCACCGAGAUUGGCAGAUUAUCCGGAAUCUGCGAGCUGGCUAUCCAGACUCGACCUGACAUUCUGAUCUGGGCUUUCACGUACACCUCGCAAUGCAAGACCUGGCGUCUCCACGACUAUGUCGAUCCAGUCAUCAGGGCAAAGCAGUUCAUCGAUCGAAGCGGUCUGGUACACGAGUCUUUCAACGUCGAUGACUCUAGGGACGUCAUCAUGCAGGAUGCACCACCAUCCUCGAUCGCUAGCAGCACCAUUGAUCUGCAUGUCGAAGGAGAAGAGUGGGAGAGACCGAUGGCUGAGAGAUCGGUCAUUGUGGGCUUUGAUGGGAAUGCAUCGGGCGUAUUGAAGAGGAUACCAAAGGCGCUGGCGGUGGAGAAUGAUAGUUGGGUCGAUGAUAUUGAUGUUACUGGAUGCGCAGAUGCGUGGUUUGAGGGAGGGGGAGAUGUUGUUACUUGGUAUGAGGUCUGA